GUGGGCGUGACCGUAGGGGGUUGUCCUCCCGCGGCACGCGCAGCAGCCGCAGCCGACUCGCGCCGGGUUCCUCCUUUGCAGCACGAGCCUCAGCAGCGGCGGCAGCAGCAGCAGCAGCAGCAACACCAGCAGCAGCAGCACCACCACUACCAGCAGGAGCCGAAGUCUGAGCAGCUUCUGCCGCCGCCGCCGUCCCGCGGACGUGAUUGGUCGGCCUGCCGCCCGGGCUCGAGCCGCCGUCGCCUUCGCCGCGCGCGCCCUCCCCGCCGCCGCCGCCCCAGCCCGCAGCCCCGCAGCCCCGCAGGAGCCGGCCCGAGCCGCCCCGCGAAGAUGGUGGACCGCGAGCAACUGGUGCAGAAAGCCCGGCUGGCCGAGCAGGCGGAGCGCUACGACGACAUGGCCGCGGCCAUGAAGAACGUGACAGAACUGAAUGAACCUCUGUCCAAUGAAGAAAGAAACCUUCUCUCUGUGGCGUAUAAGAAUGUGGUUGGGGCUCGGCGUUCUUCCUGGCGGGUCAUCAGCAGCAUUGAGCAGAAGACAUCUGCUGACGGCAAUGAAAAGAAGAUAGAGAUGGUGCGCGCCUACCGUGAGAAGAUAGAGAAGGAAUUGGAAGCUGUCUGCCAAGAUGUGUUAAGCCUGCUAGACAACUACUUGAUCAAGAACUGCAGCGAGACGCAGUACGAGAGUAAAGUCUUCUACCUGAAGAUGAAGGGGGACUAUUACCGCUACCUGGCUGAAGUGGCCACGGGAGAGAAGAGGGCGACCGUGGUGGAGUCCUCCGAGAAGGCCUAUAGUGAAGCCCAUGAGAUCAGCAAGGAGCACAUGCAGCCCACUCACCCCAUCAGGCUGGGCUUGGCUCUCAACUACUCCGUUUUCUACUAUGAGAUCCAGAAUGCUCCGGAGCAGGCCUGCCAUCUGGCCAAGACCGCCUUUGACGACGCCAUCGCCGAGCUGGACACCCUCAACGAGGAUUCCUACAAGGACUCAACUCUCAUCAUGCAGCUCCUCCGGGACAACCUCACGCUCUGGACCAGUGAUCAGCAAGACGACGACGGUGGAGAAGGCAACAAUUAAGCCUCCUGGUGGACUGGCAGCCGCACGCCGAUGCUACUACUGCAGUCUUUAUUUUUUUCCCACAAGUUGGGGGGGUCGGGUGGGGGAGGGGAAGGGAGGGGGUGACCUUCCCGGGGAGGAACCCACGGCCUAUCUUUGAUUGCCUCUUUGACAUUUUUGCCAAAAUACCACUAGUGGAGAGUCGGGCUGGCUGUGCUGGUGUGUGGGGGCAGCCUCACGCUGGCGAAUGGACUGUUCUGUAGAUUAAUCCGAGUGGAGCUGUCUUUGAUUUAACUUAUUGCUAGUGAUAGGGGUUUAAGAUGAAAAAACAACUUGAAUGGAUCGGCCCUCAUCUGAAUAAGUUCUGUGGUUCCAGUAAGAGUUCUGUUUUUUGUCUUUUUUUUUUUAAUGUUCACGUGCUCAUGUCUUGAGUUGUGGGUGCUGUGUAUAGUUCCUGUGUCGUAGUGGUGUAUCUCCCAUGGUGCACGCUACCCGUCCUGCCAUCGCUUCAAUCCCCACAGUAUGGCGGCUCAUUUCGCCUUAAGACUUAGCCCGCGCUAACUCUUCCGAGACGCCCAUUAGCUUUGCAGUAUUGACACUAAGUUACAGUUUACAGUAUUCUUCUACAUGACAGCCAUACGUGACAUCAAGCCAUCAGUGGUGUCUCUUCAUUUGCUUGGGUGUUUGGCGCCCUGCUCUCCCCCUCUCGAGGAGUCGCAGAGCCGCUUUGCACUGGGGCUCAUGGGUAAAGAACGGGUGCUUGGCAAGUGGCGAUGGGAUUUUGUCCUCUCCUUUUUCUUUUCCACUAUUUACUCCACCCAAAAUUGUGAAACACUUGAAUAGAAGUAGCUUUGGGGAGAGGGAUCGAACACCACAGACAAAAAAUGGAGACAAUUCGGGUCUGCUUGUCAUGUGCUGUGUUGGUGUUUUCUGAGAUGAUGCCACAGCGUCUUCCUCAGGGAUUACACUGCCAAUCCCUUUCCACUUGACUCUCCCCCACUGUACCUUUGGCCCACCACACUCGGUUACCUGUUGGAUUAUACAGAAGCUUGGUGGCCACCCUAAGGAGGCUGGGGCAGGUAUAGUGAGGGAAACUUCAGGUGCUAGAAGCCCAUUUGGUAGAGAAAUCCACCACGGAAGAGCAAGGAUCACAUGGACACGCCCCUGUGAGAUUUAGGGAGCCCUGUAGCCUUCUCCCCCUUAGGAAAAAGAAACUUCACCCCUCCCCCUUCUUCCCUUCAUUCCCCCCCCAAGUUCUUUUAUUUUAGUCAGGGAGAAAAUAAAUGGACCCCAAUCAAGAAUAGAUAAUACUUACUUUUAUUUGACUUAAAGGCUCAUUUUUCUUUGGACUUUUCCAGCUUUUAAAAAAUUCAAGUGUAGGAAGUUGGAGGUUGACUGCCAUUCCCUUCUUAUUUAGUCAGUCGGUCAACAAGCAUUGAUUGAGUGCUUACUAAGUGCCAGGCGCUGUGCCGAAUGCCGGAGAUGGAGCUUGACUUGAUUAGGAUGGAAGGAAGAUGCAGGGCUCUUGCCACCAAUUGGUUUCCAGUAAGUCUUGAGGUCCUUCUCCUUUCGGAGAUGCUGAUCUACAAACAUGAUAAAUCAGUGUCGCUUAUAUGUUACGUUCAGUUUUUGUUUUGUUUUGUUUUUGGUAAAAAUCGCUCUAAUGUGUCUAAAGUCUUAUGGUCACAGAUAUUUUGGCUUUUGUCCCCUCAUUUAAGCAGGAAUAAAUAAUUAAUUGAAUGAAAAAAUAGCUGCCAAAUGCUUCUGCUAAAUUUUGAUAGCAACAUUGACUUUAUAAUCAUGAAACAGGACCCAAAAUGCCAGUGAAAUCAAAAGAAAUCAUUCUCCUAACAUGGAAUAAAGGUAUUCUCUAUAUACCAUCCCACAGUCUCCCCUACAGUGACUCCCUUUAGAAAUUCAUCUCCAGAUCUAGGGGGAAAGCUCCAAUGAAAUGACCCCUACUUGAGAGGACAAAUAGGAAGAACCUGGAGUCCAGAUUAUGCUGUGAGUAGACGGCAUGGAGUGGAUGAGGUUUGAUGGGGUGGGGGUGGGGGGGAAAGGUGGGCUGUGGCUCUUCUUUACUUUAAAGUAAUUUAAAUUCAUGUCCAGACGUGAGCAGUGUUGUCCCUACCUGUAUAAUUUGGAAGCAAUUUACUGGAAUUACAAAACCUAUUUUUUUUUUUUAACUUCAGCUUUGGCUCUGGCUGCUUUUAGCAAACCCUUCAGCCCGUGAGCACACAGAGGCUGGGAUGAGUGGGGGUGGGGAUUGGAUUCUUAAGCAGCUUCCUUGGUCUUUCCUCUUUGUUUCUGUUGUUUUUUUUAAGAAAUGCACUUGCCUAUGAUACUGUUUCUCCGGUGAAAUGACUGCUCCUUCAUUACUCUAUCGAUACCAUAUUGUGCAUGCUAGUGUUGUAUUUCUAUACAGUAGCUUGAGAUUUAUUAACUUAUACUGUAGAUGUUAUGUAUUCCUAUGACAAAAAAAAUUAAGUCUUCAAAAAAAUUUUUUAAAGUUUUUUAAUUUAUUUUUUUUCUUUUGGGGGUAAAGUUCGCUCUACCAAAUAGUGAUCGUAACAAAUUGAUCUGUUAUGGAUGUUGCUAUAGUGACAUGCAAUUAUAUCUUAUUUUGUUUCUAAAAAGGAAAACAAAGCAAAAGAAACACCAGUAUUAGCUUUCAUCUUAAUGCCUGGUGUUGGUUGUCACGGUGAAAUUAUAACUAUCACAGUGUAGGAGAACAAUGACUGUGUUCUUGGAAUGAGCCUUCGCGCUUCUUGUCAUGUUGUGCAGUGAACUCUCUUUAAGGUCUAAUCAGUGAUUAUUUUCCAGCUCCGUGUUUCUGUAAGGAAUUCUUUCACACACGGACCAUUCUUAGCAGUUUUCCUCAGUGAUGGAAUAUCAUGAAUGUGAGUCAUUAUGUAGUCGUCAUACAUCGAGCAAAUAAACUUACAGAUCUGACGUCAGUGAGCA